AUGCCUCAUCUUUCGGAUGGGACGACUUCUACACCCACUGCCAUGGAACCGCAUGUGCUGUACUCUUCACGACUCACACCUAACUAUGGUCCCAACGAUUCCGCCGGCUGGAAGCCAGCUAAUUCCGGGACAGAACCCAUGAAAAUCAGAGCAGCCGCCAUUGCGGACUGGGGUGUAACAAAACACAUGGAUCUCUUGGGAAUGUAUAAGCAAAACAUAUCGUGGAAUUCUGAACCAGCAAAGCUUGCGUCCUCGGAGCUGAGCUCUUCCCACCCGGGAUUUGCUCCGUCCAGGAUUGCGGGGGAUUGCGGCCUUGAUGCUGAUCGAAUCACUGGCAUUGUUGUUGUGGGCCAAUCGAGGACAGUCAUUUUAUGA